AUGCGUCUGUCUACUAUCUUUGGAUCUGUCCUUGUUCUUGGUGCGACCUUUGUCUCUGCGUCGGAUGUCCUUGACUUGAACAACGACACUUUCAAGACUACGGUCGAUGGCGAAGAAUUGAUCCUCGUCGAGUUCUUUGCUCCUUGGUGUGGCCAUUGCAAGGCCCUUGCUCCUCAAUACGAGGAGGCUGCUACGACUCUCAAGGCAGCUGGAAUUAAGCUUGCCAAGGUCGACUGCACUGAAAACUCCGACCUUUGCCAGGCCAACGGUGUCGGAGGCUACCCGACCCUCAAGGUCUUCCGCCACGGCAAGGACAAGGAAUACUCUGGUCCUCGCAAGGCCGAUGGAAUCGUCAGCUACAUGAAAAAGCAGGCACUCCCUGCUCUUAGCUCCGUCACUGGAGAAACCCACUCCAAGUUCAUCAAGGAUGACAAGGUCGUCGUCGUUGCCUAUGUUGACUCGGACAGCGAUGACCUCGCCAAGGCCAUCAAGGCUGCCGCUGAGGAUCACCGUGAUGACUACCUCUUCGGUCUUGCUACCGAUGCUGCUGCCAUCAAGGAGGCCGGCGUUACCGCCCCUGCUCUCGUUGUUUACAAGACUUUCGAUGAGGGCCGUGUCGAUCUCCCUGCUGCUUCCGUCAAGUCGGCCACCUCGGAGUCCCUUGUUUCCUUCAUCAAGGAGAACUCCGUUCCUCUGCUCGAUGAAAUCUCUGGGGAGAACUAUGCUAACUAUGCCCAGUCUGGCAUCCCUCUGGCAUACCUCUUCCUCGACCCCACCGAAUCCAAUAAGGAUGCCAAGGUCGCCGAGUUCACAUCGGUCGCGAAGAAGUUCAAGGGCAAGAUCAACUUUGUUUGGAUCGAUGCUAUCAAGUACGCUGAGCACGGAAAGGCGUUGAACCUCCUUGAGGCCAAGUGGCCCGCGUUUGUCAUUGAUGACAUGGCCAACUCUCUCAAAUACCCCCACGACCAAUCCGGCGAGCUCACCCCUGCAUCCGUCACCACCCUCGUCGAGUCUUACCUCUCCGGUUCCUUGAAGCCUUUGCUCAAGUCUGAGGCUGUUCCCGAGUCCAACGAUGGCCCAGUCUUCACCUUGGUCGGAAGCCAGUUCGAAGACGUUAUCUUUGACGACUCCAAGGAUGUUUUGGCCGAGUUCUACGCUCCCUGGUGCGGUCAUUGCAAGAGGCUCGCUCCUAUCUACGAUCAGCUCGGCGAACAAUAUGCUGACCAAAAGGACAAGCUCACCAUCCUUAAGAUGGACGCCACCACCAAUGACCUCCCUGCAUCCGCUGGCUUCAAGAUUGCAGGCUUCCCUACCAUCAAGUUCAAGCCCGCUGGUUCCAAGACCUUUGUCGACUACGAGGGCGACCGCUCUCUCGAGUCCCUCACCGAGUUCAUCCAGACUAACGCCAAGAACAACCUCACCCAGCCUAAGCCUUCAGCCGCUGAGACCGAGACUGCUGCUUCCUCCACUGCUGAUGCUACUUCUACCCCCGUUCCCGAGGCCACUCAGGCCACCACCCAUGAGGAGCUCUAG